AUGAGGCUAGUUCACUGGUCUUGCCCAAUUGCCGGAACCCAAUUCAUUCUGGGAAUGGCUUUUCUUCUCCCUCACCUUCUCGUUUCCUUACUAAUUGUUCUACCAAUUUCCGCCGUUGCUCAAAAUAACGGUAAUAUAACCGUCGGCCGAUCUCUCACAGCAACCGACAACAGCUCUUCAUGGCUAUCUCCUUCUGGCGAUUUUGCCUUUGGAUUUCGUCCACUCAACGAGAACAAUGAUCUCUUCCUGCUUUCCAUCUGGUUUGCUAAGAUACCCGACAAAACUAUAGUUUGGUAUGCAAACGGCGAUAAGCCUGCCCCGAGGGGAUCAAAAGUGGAGCUAACUGCUGACCGUGGGCUAGUUCUACUAAGCCCUCAAGACGAAGAGUUAUGGAAAAUUGACACCUUUAUUGGUACGGUAGCCUAUGGUGUUAUGAGCAACACAGGCAACUUUGCAGUUGAAGAUAGCAGCUUUAAUAAGAUAUGGGAGAGCUUCCGGGAUCCCGCUGACACGUUGUUGCCUACACAAAUCAUGGAAAAAGGAGGGUUGGUUUCUUCUCGACAAUCAGAAACCAACUUUUCCAAAGGAAGAUAUCAGCUUCGUUUGCUACAAGACGGGAAUCUUGUGCUUAAUACCAUAAACCUUCCGACCACCUAUGCCAAUGAAGCCUAUUAUCAAAGUCAUACGGCUGCUGAUUAUGCUCCUAAUUUGUUAAGUCCCGGUAGACAAUUGGUCUUCAACGAGUCAGGAAACAUUUAUAUUUUGAGAGAGAAUAAUCAACAAUUCCCUCUAGCACCGGGAAAGGCACGCUCAGCCGAUGAUUUUUACUUUCGAGCCACCCUCAACUUUGAUGGAGUUUUCACGCUAUAUUCUCACCCAAGGAAUUCCGGCAGCGAUGGAAGCUGGACUCCUCUCUGGUCUGAGCCAGAAGAUAUCUGUCUUUUCAGUUUGCUUGCCUCGGGCCUUGGGGUUUGUGUGUAUAACAAUAUUUGUGGGCCGAAGGCAGAUGGAACGCCUAUGUGUCAACCCCCAGAUUACGAAUGGAAAUGA